AUGCUGAUUGUUCCCCAACCACAGGGUUUGUUCAUGGCCCCUGCCAAGUGGCAGAGCCAGAAGCUGUCCAUGUUUGAUGAGCCUCAAACUCCCCAUCUUCCCCCUGAAACAAGAGUGGAAACAAAUGGGGGUAAGGGUCCCAUCCUAAUCCUGUUCCUUUCCGGUGUCCCAGGAAGAUUUGGGGGGCUUCCUGCUCCCUUCCUCUCCAUGGGCCUAAGGCUCCCCUCACACCUAGAUAUGCCCAGUCCAGGCCUCAGGGUACUGCUCCCCACUGUCAAUACUAGGUUAAUCCUGGCCUACCACUUGCAUGGUCACUUGCUUACUUGGAACAGCUUGGGGCUUCUGUCUUUGCACAUAAUGGGUGCCUAA